GGGUGGGCGGAGAGUGGAAUCUGUUAGGAAUUCUGGGAACAGAGGGAGGGGAAAUCAGAGUCGUCAGGGAGGCACUUUUUACUUUCUUAUGAAAUACAAGGCUAGCAGGUAAAAUCUAAGAGCUGUACGAAUGAAAUGAUGUUACACACUCUUGUUCAGUAGGUGGCGGUAUGCAUCUAAAAGUUUAAUGCUAUCCGCCAUUUACCCCAGAGAAAAGAAGAAGAGGAUUUAUGGGGUGAAAAACGGCUUCUCCUUAUGAGGCGCGAGUGUGCUCGUUUAGAAAAAGCCAGAACAAGUUGAAUUGCGCUUUGCCGUAAUACAAAUAAGUUAUAUAACGAGUUCAAUUACAAAGAAACCAAAGUUUUUGGGCUAUGUAUUCGACACCUGAUAGCGGAUUAAAGAGGAGAAAUAUGAUCAUAAUACUUCGGUUACAGGGACUGAACAUAGAGGCUGGGACUGAAGACAUACGGAGUUUCUUUACCAGCUUGUACAUCCCAGAUGGCGGUGUAUAUAUUAUAGGAGAACACCGUGGUGAAGCAUUCAUUGUGUUCACUACAGAGAAAGAUGCUCAGCUUGCAAUGCGGCGGUCUGGAAACCUGCUUCGAGGAUCUCCUGUGACUCUUCAUGUUAGUAGCAUUGCAGAGCUGCAACGAAAACUUAAGUCCAAGCUACUUAAGGAGAAGCUCCUUCCACCGUUUUUACCUGAGAGGAAGUCUUUGCCAUCCCUGGCAAUGCCCUUGCCUGACCCUGCCACAGCCCAGCUGAUCGGGGUUGUUUCUGCAAUCCAAGGACUGCCAUCUAAUCGGCUCGCAGAGCACACCAAAGUGGAAGCAGCAGCACCUAGCCCUUUGAGCCAGAGGGAUAGCACAGCCGUCACUGUAGGAGAGUUUGGGAAACGAGAGGACACUUGCUGCUCAAAGCCAAGCUAUGUCAGGCUGUUUGGCCUUCCAGAUACUGUCACCAAGCAGGAGAUCUGCCACUUCUUCAAAGGUCUGUUCGUUCAGGAUGUAAUAGCAAACGUGAAGCUGGGUGUUAGCCAUGGCUGCUUGGUGAAGUUUGCACAUGCCCAGGAUGCAUGUGAUGCUCUGAGCUUCAACCACCAGCAACUCGGCUCAGUCACUGUGCAGGUUCGCGGGUCCUCUGAGGAAAUGUGGAGCUAUGCUAUUCAGCAGUGUCAGAACCCUUCAUAUGACCCCUUAGAAAACCCUGUCUAUAGGCCCACAGCCCAGAGAGCCAAUACCUUGUUCAAUCCACAAGAAAUAUCCUCAAAUACAAUUUGUCAAUCUGGACCCUCGUCACAAUCAAGGGAAAGGGCCUCCAAAAGGGCAAGGCCCUCACACAGAACAAAGAGACAAAGCUUGUACGAGCUUGACAAGGAACUCAAGCCCAGGAUGUGGGCCAAGAGGUGCUCCGAGGACCGAUCGCUGUCAGUAUCACCUAAGAGGCCAAGAUCCUGUGAGGCUCUUCCGCCUAGUGUGGAGUUCUGUGUCAUGGUCAAAAAUCUAUCACCAACAAUAGCUAAGAGUGAGAUAAAGGAAUUGUUUGGCUGUCCACACAUUGCGAAUAGCAAAAUAGUGUACUUGCUGGAUAAGGAGAGUCAAAGGACAGAUACAGCGUUUGUAGUGUUUGACCAAAGUGAAGAUUAUGUUUAUGCUUUGUACCUCAACGGAUGCCAUGUUGGCUCUGGGGUCAUAGACGUCUCCACAGUCACCAAGGAAGAGAUGCAAACCUUGCUGUCAACUGAAAGAUUCCCAGACAACCCCAAGACCUCCCCAGCUGUGUCCAAGCUAAACAAAGACAAAAUGUUGAUUGAUGGGCCCAGGGGGAGACAAUUACCCACAGAACAGACAUGUGUUUACAUGCGAAAUCUCCACUCCGAUAUAACAAAAAUUUACAUAAAAGAUUUUUUCCAAAAUCUCCCUCUGGCUGAAAAUGUCAUACAUCUACUAUGUGACCAAGAAGGCAACAGUAUCGGCGAAGCGGUGGUUCAGUUUAAAACAGAGGAUUUUGCCAGACUUGCCACAAAACUAAAUGGCACGGUAUACAUGGGCACUCGAGUGCUACUCCGCUGCAUCAGCGUCCAGCAGAUGGAGGACAUCUUGGAAAAGUAUUCGUGAGGAAAAGCACUUUCCUGUAAUGACUGGGUACAGAUGUGGUCAUAGCAACAUGACUCUGUGGACAUAAUGGACCCUAUAUGUGGGACAGGUUGCCACCUGAAAGACCAUUACAAACUCAUUAAAAAAAGAUUGCAGUGUGGUAAAUAGGGAAUCGUUGGAUUUGGCAUAUAAACAUAAAAAUGUCUUUGGUAUGAAGUGUUGAAACUAUAACUGUGUAACUUUUUUCCAGUCAUCGAGUUAUGUUUAGACAGCACUUCACUGGAUAUACAUCUGAUUGAAUAUCAAUAGACUGUUACAGAUUCAUUUUAAGAAAAUGACAUGGCACACAGAUCCCUCAUUUAUAUAAUACCAAUGCAUGUGUGCAUCUUAUCUUAAUCUACAGGUUUGCAAAAUUUCAAUGGACGUUUCAAGUUUGGCAACUGUGGGAAAAUGUUAAAAAAAAGUAAUGCUUUAGAUUAUAGACAGGGUGAGGAUUAAGGGCUUUAUGUUCACCUUCUCCACAAUUCUUUCAACUAAUGAGUCAAUCACAUGAUUACAAAGAAAUAACCUUUGUUUUCAAAAUGUUUUCAGUAUUUUUGUUAAAAUUAAUAAAACUCAUUGGACUGUACAUUA